GCUUACGAACGAUGAGCGCUAAUUGUGCAGUGCACUAUGAAGCUGCCACACGCACCUGGUGCGGCCCACGUGGCAAAGAGUUCUACGGACCCGAAAUGACGCUAGGUGAAGUGACCAUGCGCGUGUUGAAUCUGAAUGCGCAGCAAGUGUUGCAAGUUUGCGAUCUAACGGGCGUGCAACUAACAGGCGCGCAGCUAGCGCAACAGUCGCUCAGCUUGCAACAAGCGAUCAGACGCUUAGGUCUGCAGUUCGGUGAUGUUGUUGGCAUCUGCGCAGGGAAUUCUACUUACCUCACAGCUGUUGUCAUUGCAGCUUUGCUUUGCGGCACGCCCAUUAAUCCACUGCAUCCAGAAUUCGAUGAGGCUACGAUCAAGUAUAUGUUUGAUAUAACUACGCCCAAGCUUAUAUUUUGCGAUGUGGAAAACUUUGCAACAAUUGAAGCUGUUAACAAGCAAUUGGCUGAUCCGGCUUUGAUAUAUUUGGUCAAUGGACAGCUCGAAGGAGUCUGUAAUGUUAGCCAGCUUUUGGAGCAGGAUAAUAACAUAAAUAUAGCUGCCUACGUGCCCUGCCCUGGUUUUGAUGGCGAUCACACUGCCUUCAUAAUUUGCUCCUCAGGCACUACAGGAAUGCCCAAGGGUGUGACUCGCUCACAUCGCAGUCUAAUCUGCAAUUGCAAAAAUCCCAAUUUACACACACGCGACUCUGUGCUCUUCAGCUUUAGUCCGCUUUACUGGAUCUCUGGCACUUAUGUGCUGCUCAGCUCCUUGCUCAAUGGCUGCAAACGCAUAAUCAGCAGUCGCGCCUAUAGCGUGGACUAUCUGCUGCAAUUGGUCGCCAAGCAUGAGGUGAGCUUUCUCUUCUUGGCAUCGCAUCAGAUAGCGCUGCUCGCGCAGCAUCAAAGCGACGCGGCAUCGCUUAGAGCUCAAUUGAGCUCGGUGCGCGUUUUAAUUGGCGCCGGCUCCAAGGUCUGCAAGGCUGUCUGCAGGCGCAUGUACGAGCUCAUAGGCAAUAUGCGUUUCAUGCUGGGCUAUGGCAUGUCCGAGGUGGGUGGCAUUAGCAAAAACCUUGGCGGUCCUCUGGGCAGCGAGGGCAAAGUUAUGCGCAAUGUCGAGCUGCGUGUGCUGGACAAGCUGCGUAUGCCCUUGGGCAUCAAUGAAAUGGGCAUAAUCUAUGUGCACCUGCGCUACAAAUGGGCGGGCUACUAUCGCAAUCCGGAGGCCACGACACGUGCGCUGAGUGCCGAUGGCGCUUGGCUGCGCACUGGGGAUGUUGGUUAUCUGGAUAGCGAGGGCAAUCUUUAUAUACAAACGCGUGAUAUUGAUGUCUUCAAGUCGAACAAUUUUCAAAUAUAUCCCGAGCAGAUCGAGGAGUUUGUGCUGCGUCUGCCGGGCGUAAGUGAAGCCUGCAUAUUUGGACUGCCUCAUGAAAUCUCCAGCAAUUUGACUGCCUGUGCUGUGGUGCGCUCAGCGGAUGUGGCGGGUGAGCAACUGCAGCCAGAUCAAGUUAGAAACAUUGUCGCUCGUCAUCUAAGUGCGGCGUAUCACAUAAGUGGAGGCGUCUAUUUUAUGUGUGAAUUUCCCAAGACUUCCAAUGAUAAGCUGCAGCGACGCAAGGUGCCAGCAUUAAUCCAAGAACUGGGAUUAGUAGCACUUUAAUUUAAUAACUAUUGGGGCUACGUUCACAGGAAGCAGCAGCAUUUUUAAUAUAUUUAUUAGCAUAUUUCAUUAAAUGAAUGAAUUUAUUUGUUGGCGAUUUUAUUACGAAUGAAAAAGCGUAUCAUAAAGUUGAGCAACAGCCACAACAGCGCAGCAAAUCCAUAAGCUAUAUAUAUUCUUGAUCAGCAAGUCAAGCUGAGUCGAUUGAGCCAUUUCCGUCUGUCUGUCUGUUUCAGCUUAGAGACUUUAAGUAUAUCAAACUGUUGGCUGCGCCUAACUUUUAAUGCUUUCUUAUUUAUCAAAAUAAAACAAUAACGAUACAAAAUAGUAAAGGGCGAUAUGUCUUGCUAUAGCUUAGAUA